AUGAAGGAAUCGCCUCUUGAGCUUGAUCCGCAAGCAGACGCCCUGCUGAUUCUUCAGAAGCCGAACGCGCAUUCACUUUGCGGAACCAUAGAUGAGUCUGCAUCGGCGACAAGCAUGGUCUGCCAUUUCGAAAGCCGCAGUCCCUUACCGCCUGAACCAGAAGAGGAUGAAACGGUAGAGAUAUCGGAAGUGAAGGAUGAGAUGAGAUCGCUGCAGCCAUACUUACCAAACGGUGAUCUAAACCAGGUUGUGUUUCGCGUCUCUGCUAAGCAUCUCUGCCUUGCGUCACCAGUCUUCCGAAGAAUGAUUCACGGCAAAUUCAAAGAGUCAGAACCAAAUGACCAAGGACUCUUGGAGAUUCGAACAUCAGAGUGGGAUGCCGAAGCGCUCCUUAUUAUCCUUGAUAUCAUACAUGGCCAUCACUCCAGCGUUCCCAAAAGACCAAGUCUGGACGUCAUAGCACAGAUCGGAGUUAUAGCCGACUAUUAUGACUGCCUCGAAGCUAUUCGAAUAUUCUUCCAGCACUGUCACUCAUCUAUGAAGAUUUGGGAGAAAUACUCGACUCGGCCGCCUGAAUGGGGCCCUGGAUGGGGUGUAAUAGACCCAACACCACACUUCCUAUCACUCGAGCCUUGCACGGCAAAGCCGUUUGACGGCGAAGCAACGAUCGGUUUAUUCAUGGCCUGGAUAGUCCAGGACAAAGCGCAGUUCAGGGCAUUAACUGCCUCCGCAGUACUAAGCACAAAUGGACCUCUGGAGACUGCUCUGCCUAUACCACCCAGAAUUAUCGAAGCGAUCAACAAUCAGCGUUGCGAAGUCAUUGAUGACAUGUUCUCCCAGAUAUAUAACCUGAAAGACGAUCUGAUCGUAGGACUGGUUGGUUGCAAUCGUCAAUGCUCUUGCAGACUCCUUGGACUUCUCAUGAGACAAAUGCAGAGGCAAUAUCUACGAAUGACAAAGCCGGAAAGGUCGUUUGAAGGGUAUAGUGCCAUGUCGCUUGACGAUAUUAUGAACUCUCUGGGUUAUGAUGAACUUCAACUUAUCCCGGUAUAA